CAGCUGCUAGAUCGGAAGUACUCUGGCUCUAGUACGCUUGGCAUUCGAAUUGUAGCGCAACACGCCUGGCUAUUGCGCACCUCGCCUUAACAGUUCUUCUGGACACCGCUAGCUCCCCAUGUUGCCAGCAUAGCGCUGUAGCUUGCAAUAUAAAUUUUUUUGUGUUUAAGCAAAGCUGAGGCGCUUCCAAAUUUUGGCCAGAGAAGGAGCAAGCAGUUGUAACCAUGGGGACGCCGCUCGAGCUGAUAAAAUACAAUGCGCAAAAUGGAAAGUUUGAAGUCGGCAUAGCGGCUUUGGAUGCGCUUCGGAAGGUUAAAGGGCCUGUAGCAGUCGUGGCCGUCUGUGGACGUGCCCGCCAAGGAAAGAGCUUCAUCCUCAACCAGCUGCUGCUCCAAAGCAGCGGCGGAGGUUUCCAGGUGGGCGCUACACACAGGCCAUGCACCAAGGGGUUGUGGAUGUGGUCUGCACCACAGCGCAUGACCGCUCCGGACGGCUCCUCCCACCACUUGGUGCUGCUAGACACCGAAGGCAUCGACGCCUACGACCAGACGGCCCAGUACUCCACCCAGAUCUUCAGCUUGGCAGUGCUGCUGUCAUCACUCUUUGUGUACAACCAGAUGGGAGGAAUCGACGAGAGCGCGCUGGACCGCCUAAGCCUCGUCACCGAGAUGACUAAGCACGUGCGCGUGCGGGCUGCAGCGAACAACGCAGGAGGAGGCGAGGAAGGUCUGGGGGAGCACUCCCCUGCCUUCCUCUGGCUACUUCGCGAUUUCUACCUUCAACUUGAGGAAGAGGGUGGCCGCAAGAUUACCCCGCGCGAGUACCUUGAGACCGCGCUGGCUCCGGUGUCCGGCAGCGGCGCCGCGGUGGCAGCUAAGAACGCUAUCCGUGCCUCCAUCUCCCAGCUUUUCCCGCAGCGCGACUGCUUCCCGCUGGUGCGCCCCAUGAAUGACGAGACCAUGCUGUCCCAGAUGAACACGCUGCCACGGGACAAGUUGCGGCCCGAGUUCCAGCGGGGUGUCAAGGAGCUCACCAACAUGAUCUUCUCGCGUGCCAACCCCAAGCGCUUUGGAUCACAGCUGAUGACGGGCCCGGUGCUAGCGGGGCUUGUAGGCGCCUAUGUAGGCGCCAUCAACCACGGGGCGGUUCCCACCAUUGCGACGGCAUGGCAGGGCGUGGCAGAGGCAGAGUGCCGCCGCGGGUGCGAGGCCGCCGAGAAGGCGUAUGCCGCCGCUUGGGCGUCUGGCCCCGAGGUUUCGGCGGAGGAGGCGGACCUGGAGGCGAGGCACCAGCAGUACCUGGCUGUUGCCCGCGCCGCCUUUGAUGAGGUGGCGGUCGGGGAUGAGGGGGUGCGGCGGGCGCACCAGGCGCGAUGGAUGGAGGCCGUGUCGGGGCGUUACAAGGAGCUCAAGGCACGCAGGCUGGCGGAGGCUGCGUCGGCGGUGACGGAGCUGCUGUACCGGGGGGCCACGGACAUUUCGCAGGCUGUCCGCAGCGGCGCAGACCUGCCGGCCCUGCAGCAGCGGCUUGCCGCCUUCGUGGUGCACUACGAGAAGGCGGCUGCAGGCCCCACCAAAUGGCACAAGCUCUGCGUUUUCCUGGCUGAGACAUGGCCCAUGGCGGCGUCGCAGGUGUUGGAGCGGCAGGCUGCUGCCGCCAAGGCGGCACUGGAGGCGGUUCAGCGGGAAGCGGCGGACCUGCGGAACCAGCUGGCUGCGGAGAAGAAGCGAGCGGAGCAGAUUGCGCAGGAACGGGAGCGGGUGGAGCGCCUGCACCGCGAGGCUUCCUCCUCUGCGGCCGCACUGCAGAAGCAGCUGGCGGACCUGCAACAAGAGACCGCCCGCCUGCGCGCAAACAUGGACGCCAAGCAGCAGCAGCACGGCGAGGAGGCGCAGCGCCUGCGGCUGCAGCUUGAGCAGCGGACUGCUCAGCUGAACGAGCAGCAGCAGGAGGUGCAGCGCCUGCGGGCGGGUCUAGAUCAACGGGCCGCGCAGGUCAGUGACCAGCAGCAGGAGGCGCAACGCCUGCGGUCUCAGUUGGAGCAGCGGGCAGCUGAGCUGGCCCAGCAGCAGCAGGAGGCGCUGCGCCUGCAGGCAAGCGUGGAGCAGCGCACCGCCCAGCUGGGUGAGAUGCAGCAGGAGAUGGCGCGGCUGAAGGCGGGUCUGGACCAGAAGAGCGCCAAGGUGAUUGCGCUGGAGCAGCAGAUGACGGAGGUGCUGCUGGUCAGCGAGCGCAAGCAGGCGAGCGCCGGCGAGCUGGCCGAUGCGCGCGUGCGGGCGGCGCAGGAGGAGUUGCAGCACAAGGUCGCGCAGAUGACGGCCGCCAUGACAGCGGAGCGCACCCGUGCCGACAGCCUUGCCGCGGACCUGGAGGGGCUGGCGGCCCGUUGCAGCGGCGCAGAGGCGCAGCUGGCGGACCAGCAGGUGAAAGCGGAGGAGUGGCGGCGCAAGUGCAUGCAGGAGGCCGCUGCCAAGGUGGAGCUGCAGGGGCAGCGCGACCAGGCGUCGGACAACUUGUCGCUCAUGCGGGUGGAGCGGGAUAGUAUCGCCCGAGAGCUGGACGCGGCGCGAGCUGAGGUGCAGCAGCUGCGGGCUGACCUGCAGGCGGAGGUGGCCGCCAAGAGCACGAUGCAGUCCCGGCUCGACGAGAUGGCGGUGGAGGCGGCACGUGCGCAGGCCCUUGCGGUGCAGGCCGAGCACCACAACGACGAGAACAGCCACCCAUCUGCUGCUGGCGGCGGCGGAGCGGGCGGUAACGGGCGUGUCCUGGUGGAGGCGGGCAACAUCGCCAGCAUGACGGUGCAGGAGAUCAAGGAUGCGCUUGUGGAGGCGGGGCUGUCAGACGACGUGUGGGCACUUGCCAACCGCAAGCCCGCCCCCAAGAAGGCCGACUGGGUGGACCUGCUACGCCGCCGUGCGCAGUGAUAUGAUGAUGCGUGGGCAGGAGUGCACGCUGGAUGCGAGGCCAUUUGGGUUUGGGUUGACGCUGGAUGUAGGGCAUCGAUUUCCCCUAUGCCCCUAGCCGUUUGGCUUAUGAGUCUUUAUAGCGCAGGAGGUCUUGCAGGAAGCAGGCCCUUUUCGUGUGGUGUGAGGAUUUGCUGCUUAAGGGGACAGCUUGCGUUUCCAGAGUUUGUCGACGGGCGGGAGCCUACGGGAUAACGCGUUAAUCUUCCGCAUGUCCUAACGUGGUAACUUUGCGAAUGCGCUGGACGAGCACGGAGUAGAUAGAUUGCACGUGGUGAUUGGUGUACGGUGCUUGAAGCAGCGCUUUAGGCGGUGUGCAUAGCAGGCGGAUGUAAAGCGUAUGCGGUUUAGGUUAGGAUGUACUUUGCUAUGACAUGUUUACAACGUGUAAACAGAACGACGCCGCUUGCUUUCCCAUGGCCUAUGCCUUGUCUUGAACUACAGUGACGGCUGUGCAAUGAUUCAUUACGAGAACCGUUAUUGGGGACUGCCCUUAUUGGGGCGAGUGUAUGGAAGCGCGUUCCCACGUGCUUUCCUGUUUGCAAGCAUCGCAGGCGUACAGACGGCGUUGCUUCAACUGUUCGCGCCCAAUACCCUUACGAAGGCGCUUAAAAUUCCAAACAUAUUCCAGAUUUUCGGCUUCGUUGUCGGCUUUGCUCUGGUAUUCAGGAGUCACCUUAGCUACAUGCGCUUUUGGGAGGCGCGUACCCAACUGCAAAGCGUAAUGGGUAUGCUUACAUAUUUCGUUAUCGAGACCCUGUCUGCCGACCUGGCUAGCAUUGACCACGAAGCAGCAUCCCCGCAGGAGCGCAGGCAGGCUUUCCGCUUCUACUCGGAGCUGCUUCAUCUGGUCAGUUUACUGUUCGCAGUCCAGAUGAAAACGCUGCGGCGCGACACAGACCUGCACGACCUCUACACGCAUGACAUGGCAGGACAGGCGCCGUUCCUGGACUCCAGCGUUGGCAAUCGCGGGUGGCGGCGCUGGGAGGUGUUCUUGGUUCGUGUGCUGUCGCUGAACGACCUGCUUGACAUCCACAACCCGCAACAGGAGGCUGCCAUGCCGGUCAUCGGCGGGCUGCGAGAGGAGGAGCGGGCAAGGCUCACCAACCUAGUCCCCAUAGCCGCCAUGAAGGGUCGCGGCAGCACCCUCAAUGGCGCCCGCCCGCCCGCUAUCUUCGCCCUCAUCAACCAGCUCUACAUUAGGCGGAUAGCGGAGGGCGGCCUGCAGACCAGCGCGCCGCUGGUAGCCCGGCUAGGCGGCAUCGCGGAGUCCGCCAUGGCGGCGUUCGGGCAGUGCGCCAAGAUAGCGUCCACGCAGUUCCCCUUCCCCUGGGCGCAGGUUGUGAUGGCCUUCCUGGUCUUGAUGGCCCUCUUGCUCCCCUUCGUGGUCACCGCAUUCAUUGAUGAGCUGUGGAUGGGUGUGCUGCUGUCGUUCAGUGUGGUGCUCACCUACUGGUCGCUGAAUGAGGUGGCGAGCGAGAUGGAGGACCCCUUUGGGUUCGAUCCCAAUGACCUACCGCUGGCGAGGUACGCCUUCGACUUCAAUAACAACAUUCUGGCUGCCGCCUAUCAGCUACGACCGUCGUACUUUGACCAGCUAGAAGCAGAGAUGCAGCCAGCGCCCCCAGCCAAACCGUCCACAUGUGGAUUGCUGCCGGCGGUAUCUUCGUCAGACAUCGGCACAGACGUCAACGCCGGCAGCACAGCGUCCACGUCAGCGUC